GGCUUUCACCCUCAUCAACCUGCCUUCAAGCAUCGUUGGGGCGCCAAGCUUCUCGGUGCCACCAUGUGGUUCUGGAUCUUCUAUAGGGCAAAGCAGGACGGGCCCGUAUUGCUGGGUCUGAGACAUCCUUGGGACCACGGAGACCAUGGACAUCAUGACGACGGACAC